AUGGAAUUGGAUUUCUAUCGCAGGAAUUCUCUAUUUCGCUUCCUCGACAUCGAAAGAAGUAUGGUAAUAGAUUCACCCUCUGACUUCCCCAAUAUCAACACCAAUGACCAAGUGUGUGAUGAUGAAGAUCUCCAAUUCAGCCCUUCAAUGCCUUCAACCUCCUACACAACCACAAUGGUGACACUAAUGCCGCCUCCAAGCCCAGAGUCCCCAUGGACACUCUCCCCUCACCAAACUCCAUCUCCUUCACUCCUAUACCACUGCAUUGCCUCCCUCUAUCGCCCCGAAGGCUCCAUCUCUGCCAUUGCAGUCUCAAAGCAGAAAGGAGUUGUCUUCGCUGGCUCAGAGAGUACACGAAUCCAUGUGUGGAGACAACCAGACCACAUUGAAUACAAAAGUCUCAAGGCGACUUCAGGUGAAGUGCGAGCCAUUGCAGCUCAUGGAAACAUGCUCUUCACCACUCACAAAGACCACAAAAUCCGAGUGUGGAACUUCACCGUCACAGAUCACAUUUUCACGUCCAAAAAGGUCUCUUCUUUCCCCAAAACGAGCUCUUUCCCUUUAUUUUCAAGAUUCACAAACACCAAACAGCAACACAAAGAAUGCAUUUCCUGCUUGGCGUAUUACGAAACGGAUGGUCUUCUCUAUACUGGUUCCCAUGACAGAACUGUCAAGGCGUGGCGGCUUAUAACCAAUCACUGUGUGGACUCCUUUGUGGCACACGAGGACAAUGUGAAUGCAAUGGUGGUGAACCAAGAUGACGGGUGCGUUUUCACUUGCUCCUCAGAUGGUUCUGUCAAAAUCUGGAGAAGGGUUUUCAGAGAAAACUCUCACACUCUCACCAUGACGCUCAAAUCCCAUUUCUCAAAUUUCAACUACCCUGUAAACGCCAUAGCCUUAAACACAUCAUCCAACUCUUGCUUCCUCUACUCUGGUUCCUCAGACGGAACAAUUAACUUCUGGGAGAAGGAGAAACUCACUCACCGGUUUAACCAUGGUGGGCUUUUACAUGGCCACAAUUUUUCAGUUCUGUGCUUGGUGGCCAUUGAGAAGUUGAUUUUCAGUGGAUCAGAGGACACUACUAUUAGGGUUUGGAGGAGGGAAGAAGAGGGUUGUUUUCAUGAGUGUCUAGCUGUAUUGGAAGGGCAUAGAGGCCCUGUGAGGUGUUUGACUGCUUGCUUGGAGAUUGACAAAGUUGUCAAAGGGUUUCUGGUUUACAGUUCGAGUUUGGAUCAGACUUUCAAGGCGUGGAGGGUUAAGGUCUCGCCAGAAGAUGGAAUGAGGUUGAACUGUUACAUGGAUUGA